GAUCUAUUAUUUAUAAAGAACUAUUGACUUAUAACCAAUCUUCAGAGUCAGCGGUUCUUAACCCACUUGAAAAUAAUUUUUCAAGCAUGCAAAUUACCCCUGAAUAUGAGAAUCGAUCUGAAGAUUCUCAAGAAACUAUAACUGAAGAUAAUACUUCAAAAGUUCCUGUAAAAAUUGUAAGAGAGACAGAUGAACGAGCAGGAUUUAAAUAG